AUUAGAUGCAGUGCUCUCGCUAUCCUAACGACACAUGAGUAUGCCCGCUGUUGACUAGGUGUAGAAACGCUGCAGAUAAGAUGUUGCUGUGCGUCCUGUGCUUGCUCCUUGCCUGCCUUUCUCUGACUCAAGGGAAACAAUUGUACAUCUCCUGUAAGCCUUGUGUAUGUAGGGUCACACCCAAUGGAAAGUUGAUCGCCAAUUGUAAGGGCAAACAUCUAUCUAACAUCCCCAAACAGAUUCCAAAUUCAGUAUCAUACCUGUGUUUGUCUCACAACAGUAUUAAGCAUCUGCCAGGUGGCUCGUUUCAACGGUUCUCUGCUUUGGAACGUCUUGAUCUGUCUUUCAAUCAACUGAAAAGAUUGGAUGUACACACUUUUGCAGGAGCUACAAAUCUGCUACAUUUGAACCUCAAUGGAAACCAUCUCCAACUUAACGAAUCAGCAUAUCCAGAGGGCAUAUUUAGAGAGCAGAAAUUGCUUACGCUGAACAUCGCAAACAACAACAAGAUCGCAGAUUCAGUAUACCCAGAUAAAGCGCUUGGUGAUCUUACUGCUCUUCAGAGACUUUUCAUUGACGGUGUUCGGAAUGCCUCGUUUGGGACUGGAUUUUUGAAACUGAAGAAUCUUACUACGCUGUCGUUAUCAGGCAAAAGGGGCCACUGCUCCGUUCAAACCCUGUUGAAUACAUCAUUUCUCUACACUCCAUCUGUCAGGAACCUGGACAUAAGCAAAUGUAGAAUCAACUAUAUUGAAGCAAGUGCAUUCUGGCCAUUAAGGCAGAUUGAUACACUCGAUGUAUCUGACAAUCAAUAUCUAGGGUUUGAUCGCAUGGGUGAAGCUAUAUAUGGACUUCAAGGAAAUUCUUCUCUAAGAGUUUUAAAGAUCAACAGAAUAAGGCACAAUCCUCUCCCCAAACCGCUGCCCUCAUCUGAACCACAGCCAAUGGUUCAAUAUUCACAUAACAGCAUCCAUGCCUGUGAACAAUGUGAGGCACAUUGCAGUAAUGGCCUUUCGUACCGUAACCAUCAUAAUAGUCCCUAUAAUGAUGCAAAAAAUGACCAAACCAGUAUCUUAGGUCUUGUUUUUCAUAUACCACUACCUCCAAAUGCAACCUAUGUAAAUGUUAGCAACAGCAAAUUGAACUAUGAUAUUGUUGAGCUCAACUUUCUAACAAACCAAUUUAAAACUAUUGACAUUUCACACAAUGUCUUUCCAAACUGGAUAGGUCCAAUAAAUGAAAGUCAAACAUUUGAAUAUUUAGAUCUCUCAGACAAUUACUGUAAAUAUGUAUCUCACAGAUUUUUUAUGUAUGCUGAUGGACUAAAAGUCUUAAAUAUAAGUCGAAAUUACCUAUCAGUGUCCCUUCUAGCGGACACAAAUGGGCAGAUAUUUGGCAACCAAACAAACUUGGAAGUCAUACGAAUCUCACACAAUCUUAUUCGGGAACUGCCGUCAUUAAUAUUUAGAAGACUUACCAGACUUGAGGUUAUUGAUUUAAGCUGGAACAUGAUGGCCUCCUGGAACAUUGAAAUUAGGCACAUGCCGCACCUCCAUACCUUAGACAUCUCCGGAAACAGGUAUGAAGGCAUUCCAACACACCUGACAAAUCAAAUUGACUAUAUCAUGAGUAAUAGAAACGACACUUUUCAUCUCAGCAUCAAGGGUAACAUCUUGAAAUGUGAUUGUUCGACACUGGAGUCAUUAGAAUGGAUUACAAGGCCGUUUAUUUCCAUUGAAGAUCCUGGCAGCACAAAAUGCACCUUAUCAGAUGGGGAAACCAUUUCAUUUAUAGAUAUAGAAAAUGUUAAAGCCAAGCUCCAAGUACGUUGCAAAAUAGUUAUUCCCCUCCUG